AGACUUCCUUCUAGCACGCUCAUUCAUCUGAAGCAUCUGAAUCUAGCUCUUUGGUUUCCAGAGCCAUGGCAACGGAAGAGAAAAAACCCGAUGCAGAAUCCACCAAAACACAAUCUACUCCUUCCUCCUCCACCAAUCAAAGCAAGCCUGCCCCUGUAAAACCAAACUACGCCUUGAAGUUCACAUUGGCAGGACACACAAAAGCUGUCUCAUCGGUAAAGUUCAGCCCCAAUGGGGAGUGGCUGGCCAGUUCUUCUGCUGAUAAGCUUAUUAAAAUUUGGGGAGCUUAUGAUGGCAAAUUUGAGAAAACAAUAUCUGGCCACAAACUGGGAAUCUCCGAUGUUGCUUGGUCAUCAGAUUCCAACCUCCUCGUCUCUGCGUCUGAUGACAAAACUCUAAAAAUCUGGGAUGUGAGCUCGGGCAAAUGCUUGAAGACGCUGAAGGGGCACAGCAACUAUGUCUUCUGCUGCAAUUUCAACCCCCAGUCGAACCUCAUUGUCUCGGGCUCGUUUGACGAAAGCGUGAGGAUAUGGGACGUGAAGACAGGGAAGUGCCUCAAAACACUGCCAGCGCAUUCUGACCCCGUUUCAGCUGUACAUUUUAACCGCGAUGGUUCUUUGAUCGUGUCCAGCAGCUAUGAUGGCCUCUGUCGGAUCUGGGAUACAGCUUCUGGCCAGUGUUUGAAAACGUUGAUUGAUGAUGACAAUCCUCCUGUGUCUUUUGUAAAAUUCUCUCCAAAUGGCAAAUACAUUCUAGCAGCAACUCUGGACAACACUCUCAAGCUCUGGGACUACAGCAAAGGAAAGUGCCUCAAGACGUACACUGGCCACAAGAAUGAGAAAUACUGCAUAUUUGCCAACUUCUCUGUGACUGGCGGAAAGUGGAUCGUGUCUGGGUCAGAGGACAACCUGGUUUACAUCUGGAACCUCCAAACGAAAGAGAUUGUACAGAAGCUGCAAGGACACACAGACGUUGUGAUCUCGACAGCCUGCCACCCGACAGAGAACAUCAUCGCCUCGGCAGCCCUAGAAAACGACAAAACAAUUAAACUUUGGAAGAGUGACUGUUAAGCGCUUUCGACAUCACUUGAGAGACUGUUGGGGGGAGUGUGGAAAUGGGGGGGGGCAUAUUUUGUGUUUGUGUUUUUUAAAAAAAGAAAGCCACAUGAGAACAUUUCAACCGCAUUUGGCAAGGAACCUGAAGCAACCCUCAAGAGUUUGCUUUUCACCUUGGCCCAAAGAGGACAGGCCCUCAUCAGAGUUGGUGAAGUGGGAUUCGGGGGAGGAGGGCCUGUCUUCUCGGUGGUCUGGCCCCUGCCAUGGGGGGGUGGGGUGUCUCCCUUCCAUGGUGUGUCUCCCUUGCCCUGGGAGCCCCCGGAGUUUAACGGCUCAGAGAAAGGGGGCUGCCCCUCUGCUUGUUCCUCACCACUGGCACAUCAUGAACUUAGAAAGAACCCCGACCGCUCUGUUUUUUUCUUUACAGAAAGGUAGGCCUUGGUCCAUCUCAUUUUAGAUUAGGGGAGUUUAUAUGAGUUAAGAUGCCUCAUACUUUAAAAAAGAGAGAGAGACAUACCUUUAACAUGACCCAACGAGAGUGCUUUGUGGUCUGGCCGUUGCUUUUCCUCUCCGGCUCCCCCCCUGCCCCCGGGACUGGUGCUCAAGCCCUGCUGUGCACUGCUCCCCUGUCCUUGUGUGCGCCGCUAGAUGCUGUCGCGAGUCCUUCCGGAUUCUCCUGCUUUCAUUGUUCAGACACCCACAGCCCUUGCUUGUAGGUAUUGUACCUUUUUUUUACUUUUUAAACUCAUUCUGGCAAAUUUCAGAAAACCUGUACAGUUACUUCAGUGUAAAAAAAAAAGCAAAACCCGAAGGUUUUUUUAUCUUGAAAACUUCAUUGUAAAGACUUGUAUUUGCUAA